GGCCUUGCUGGAAGCCACCUGUGCUGCUGCUUCUGCCACUGCUGCUAUGCUGGGUGGCCCCAGCCAGGGCGCAUCGCACCGUCGGGGAGGCCGUGCGGCUCCCAGGGGAUGUGACGCUGGGUGGCCUGUUUCCUGUGCACGCAAGGGGUGCAUCAGGGGCUGCCUGCGGGCCUGUGAAGAAGGAGCAGGGUGUGCAUCGGCUGGAAGCCAUGCUCUAUGCUCUGGAUCGCAUCAACGCUGACCCAGCACUGCUGCCGGGAGUGCGCCUGGGUGCCCGCCUGCUGGACACAUGCUCCCGGGACACACACGCCCUGGAGCAGGCGCUGACCUUUGUGCAGGCACUGCUUCGGCCAGCCUCAGGGGCCCGCUGCCCAGGGGGUGGCCAGCCCAUCGGGGCUGUGCCUGAGCAGCGUGUGGCUGCCGUCGUGGGCGCCUCUGCCAGCUCCGUGUCCAUCAUGGUGGCCAACGUGCUGCGGCUCUUCGCUAUCCCACAGAUCAGCUACGCCUCCACGGCCCCAGAGCUCAGCGACAACGCCCGCUACGACUUCUUCUCCCGGGUGGUACCCCCGGAUUCCUACCAGGCCCAGGCCAUGGUGGAUGUGGUGCGGGCCCUGGGCUGGAACUACGUGUCCACUCUGGCCUCUGAGGGCAACUAUGGCGAGAGUGGGGUUGAGGCCUUUGUGCAGAUUUCCCGGGAGGCAGGAGGCGUCUGCAUCGCUCAGUCUAUCAAAAUCCCCAGAGAGCCAAAGCCUGGAGAAUUUGACAAGGUCAUCAGAAGGCUCAUGGAGACGCCCAAUGCCAGGGGCAUCAUCAUCUUUGCCAGUGAGGAUGACAUCAAGUAAGGAGGUGGGGCUAUCACAGGGACCCUCAGCUUCAGAGGAGCCCAGAGGACAGACCCACAAGGGCAGUGCAGGCAGG